AUGCACUCGUCUGGGAGUCUAGCACCACUGGCCACGGCGUCUCCUCCGCCGCCGGUUUUUCCUCCACCGCCGGCUUCUCCUGCACCUCCAGAUUUGGACUGGCAACUCCGUCUCGGCGUCCCAAGUUCGUUACACACAUCCUUCACAUACGAUGCUGGCGCAGACUUUCUUAAGAAUGACAUUCGCGUGAAGCCUGAUCUCGAUGCUCAUGGAGCUCUAGGUGAUGCUGGAUGGUACUGCAUCAGGGCAAGUCUUUGGGCUGCAGACUAUGACCUGCCCAAAACACUAACAGCUUUGCGUGAACCGGACUUCAAUGAAGCAGGGGUGAUUCUUUCAUGCGGAGCUUCUCUACGGUGGGAGGACGGGAGAGUAGCAACCUUCUAUUGCUCUUUCCUUACCAAUUUGAGCAUGGACAUAACUGCUCUUGGAACAAAGGGUUAUUUGCGUGUUCAUGACUUUGUUGUUCCCUUUCAAGAGAACGUUGGCCCGUUUUUCGUAGCUUCGAAUUCCAAGUUUGGGGAACGCGCUCUAGGCUGUGAACCGAUACCGGUUGAGCACAUUGUCACGACCGAUCUUCCUCAGGAAGCUCUCAUGGUGACAGAAUUUGCUACUCUGGUUAAUGGUAUUAAGAGUAAGGGCUUGAAGCCGGAGAAGAAGUGGCCAACCCUUAGUAGGAAGACACAGUUGGUUCUUGUGCAGUCCAUAGAGCAUCAUCCAAUGCAAUUACAUGGAGUAUUGUCUGGAUUCAAAUGUUAA